AGUAGUAGUAGACUCUGAAAAAUACAACCUCAAGCCCUUCAUUGAUGGCACACGAGUAGAUAUCCUACUUCUUUCAUAUUACCCUUGGUGCACAGAAGCACGAUCAUGGUGCGUGAAGAUCGACCUCUUUUCUGCGAGUAUUGCGACGAAGUGGAGCUUCACUCGAAUUCUGUGUGCCAUUAUCUCUAUUGUGAAUGCCGACAUACAGAGGAUGGCGCAUGGGACUAUCUCUGCAACGGAUGCUAUGAGGAACUUACCGACAUGAAGCUUUGCAUUGCAAAAGUAUCGCACUACACUAGUGGUGGUGAGCAUUCACACUUCAUGACAAAUCUGCCACCAAGCGAAGCUGUAUUUUUGAUGCUGAAUCAGGCAGAAAGAGAAAACAGGAACCGGAACCGGAUCUGUCACGCUGCAUUACAACAAGUAGCAGCAAUGCGACACUUUUGCACAGGAUAGAAGUGCACAUUCUGCAACUCAUUCGCCUGGAGGGACAGCUUAGAAAGAGGUAUACUUUAUUUUCGUAGUAGAACCAGCCUGUACUAAUAGAUCUACAUGCCACUUGAUGCGUGACGACUCAGCAGGUAAGAAGAUUUUUACAGGAACGAAAAACAACAGAAGUUGUACUAGGUCGCGGAACAGUCUAAGACUUAGAGAAGAAGUCAAAUGGACUACAGUCAUCAACUCACUUAAUAUCUAUUAUCAUUUCCACCACCAGAUUGCUGUAUUCAUUGCGAGGCCCUGGUCGACUUGACGAAUCUGUGUCCGAUGGGCGAGGGGUGCCCGCUUGUCUCCGAGAUCCGGGAUCUGACGAUGGGCGAUGGCCAUGAGGUGGAGCACAUUUGUUUUAUCCAUGCGGACCGCUACGGCUUUUUCCGAGGUCGCCACGCCGACUUGAUCGACGAGUGCACCGGCGAACACGAGUGCCUGGACAAAUUCGAGAAGUGCGGCCACCCGAGGUGCUGCCUCGUUGAGGAUGAGGAGAAUCCAGAGGACACUGUAUGCGGUGUCUGCGCGCAUCUGGAGUGGGAAAACGAGAAGACGCGAAAGUCCGCGGAAAAGGGGCGCGAGCGGGCUCGGCAGACGCACGAAGAAGACAACAAAGAGGACGACGACGAUGGGAGAAUCGUACUAGAGGUCGCCAAAUCAUCAAAAGUAGCGGAAAUCGGAGAUACAACAAAUGCCGCGCUGCACGCGGAGACCAAGAGGGGCAUCGACGAAAGCGACCGUCUCACUCUACUAGCGGAGGAUGAAGAGGGGGCAACCGAUGACACCUCCACCUUGAAGCGCCAGAAAAUUGAACAGAGAAAGUAAGAGCAGGAGCAAACGCUCGCGCACGAGAACGAAAUAUAAAACCUGUGUGGCCAAUAUGGCGCCGCCAAAGACUCUGAUGUGAUGCAGACACCACACGAAUGAAAGGCAAUUUUCAACUCCUAUUCUUGGUUCGCCUUCCGUUUUUAGUGUGCAAUGUGCAUCAACAAAAUUGAACUUUGCUGGCUCUGAAGUCCUUGGCUGCAGGGCCAAGUUGCAGACACGGCA